AUGUCUGAAUCCUCAUUCUUUGAAAAGAUUUUGGCCUAUAUGGGUGAGAACAAAAGAAUAGCGGCUCUCGAAGCCGAAAUUAUUGAUAUGGUUGUUGGGGCCAAAAGCAUGGAGUUUAAUGAUACAGGACAAGGGGAGAACACCGUACCUAAGUCUCCUGAAGAACAAGUACACGAAGAAACGAUAGACCAAAGGCUAGAUGAUAUUUAUGACGAUGAGCCUUUGGGAUUCGAGAAAGAUCCAGGAUCAUCAAGCGCAAAGAUGUUAGCCCAUGACCCACUAGAAGAGAUUAAUCUCGAAGAUGGAACCACAAAGAGAGUUACAUACAUCACAACUCCUAAAGAUGAAUACCUAAUGCCCGUGGCAGAAAUGCUAGUUGACUCAGUCGCAGGAUAUGAGUAUCUUAGCAUGCUUGAUGGUUAUUCCGGGUAUAACGAAAUUUUCAUUGCAGAAGAGGAUGUUUAUUUAGACGACAUAGUCAUAAAGUCUAUAUCAGACGAAGAUCAUCUAAUCCAUCUGAGCCAAUCCUUCGAAAGAAUGAGAAAACAUGGCUUGAAGAUGAACCCUCUUAAAUGUGCAUUUUGUGUGCAGGCUAGAGAUUUUAUGGGCUUUGUAGUCCACGAAAAUGGGAUAGAGAUUAAUCAGAAUAAAACAAAGGCUAUCAUGGACACCAAAGCACCAUCAACUAAGAAAGAGUUGGUAUCUUUAUUAGGAAAGAUAAAUUUCCUGAGGAGAUUUAUUUCAAAUUUAAGUGGUCGAAUUCAAGCCUUCUCUCCUCUUUUGCGUCCGAAGCAUGGAAAUUUCGAGUGGACAAGUGAACAUCAAGGGGCAUUCGAAAAAAUAAAGCAGUAUAUGAUGAAUCCACCUAUUUUGUCACCACCGAGUGGAAAGAAGCCUAUGAGACUGUAUAUAUCAGCUUCAGACACUUCUAUGGGUAGUAUGUUAGCACAAGAAGAUGAAAAUGGCAUUGAGAGGGCCAUAUAUUACCUAAGUAAGGUAUUAAAUGAUGCAGAAAAUAGAUAUACUUCGAUAGAGAAGUUGUGCCUAUGUUUGCAUUUUUCAUGUACUAAACUCAAAUAUUAUAUAAAGCCAAUAUAUUUGUAUGUCUCUUCCCAUUUUGAUGUUAUCAAGUACAUGUUAUCAAAGCCAAUAAUGCACAGUCGAAUUGGCAAUUGGGCUCUAGCCCUAACUGAGUACUCUUUAGCCUUCAUGCCUUUGAAAGCUAUGAAGGGGCAAGUAGUCUCAGAUUUUAUAGUUGAUCACGCAGUGGUUGAGACUCCUCAACUCCUAGUUGAGUUGAAGCCUUGGAGAUUAUUCUUCAACGGUUCCACCCACAAAGAAGGCAGUGGAGUUGGGAUUCUACUGAUUUUGACUGAUGGAAUUCCAACAAAACUCAAGUAUAGAAUUGAAGGACCUUCAUGCUCUAACAAUGAGGCAGAACACGAAGCCUUAAUAGCAGAACUUGAAGCCUUGUUGGAAUUGGGGGCAACCAGGGUUGAAAUCAAGGGUGACUCAGAACUGAUCUCAAAGGAGAAGCUAGAGGAAUUGGUUAAAGUGAGAGGGAAAGCAAGGGAAACCAAAUUAUCUCCAAGUGACUUGGAAAGAAAUUGUUUAGGUUAUGCUAACGAAGAAGAGUUUGAAGUGUUGGCUAUUGAUACUUUAACAAACACAGAUUGGAGAUCUUCAAUUAUAGAGUAUCUUAAGGACUCUUCGUUGAACACGGACAGGAAAACCAAGUAUAGAGCUUUGUCGUACGUUUUGAUGGGAAAUGAGCUAUUCAAGAAAACUCUAGAAGGCAUUUUAUUAAAAUGUUUGGGUGAGAAUGAAGGGUACUUGGCAUUAUAUAACGUUCAUAGCGGAAAAUGUGGGGCACAUCAAGCAGGCCAUAAAAUGAAAUGGUUGCUUUUCAGGUAUGGAAUGUAUUGGCCUACCAUGCUGAAUGAUUGUAUAGAAUUUGCUAAAGGUUGUCAAGAAUGUCAAAUACAUGCAGGAAUCCAACAUGCUCCUACAAGUGAGAUUCACACAAUUAUCAAGCCAUGGCCAUUUAGAGGUUGGGCUUUAGAUUUAAUUGGAGAAAUUUGA